AUGGCCGAUGCAAGUCAGUCAGAUGGUGACGGUAACACAUUCAAGAUAGUGCCUGCGUGUGACACUUGUCGGGCUCGAAAGAUCCGAUGCGAUCGAAAAACACCAUGUUCAAGCUGUCAGAGCUCCGGGACUUCGUGUCGGACAUCAAAGCGCAAGCCUGAAAAAAGACAGCGCGUCCUAAUUUCUGGAAGAUAUGAACGCGAAAUCGAAAACGUUAACGAUAGACUCGCUCGAUUGGAGAGGCUUUUGCAAGCCUCUAACAGCAGGCAAACCAGGCUUCAACCAUCGCCCCAGUCAUACACAGAAACCUUGUCAACCCCUCGUGAUCAUCCGGCCAUCGAAAGAGAACCAGAUUUUGCUGGGGAUUCAUCCUUCGUUGCUCAUUCCAAGGAUGCGACGCAAGCAUUUGAGCGAAGCCUCAAUCUCAACGUAGGCGGAGAUGUUGCUGCUGCGGUUGCCACGCUGAGAACUUUCCUCAACAAUGACGGGACAUCCGGUGCUGAUGGCUCCGGUGCAACUUUUGUCCAGAAGCCUCUUCAAGAAGCCGUGCUCUACCCAGAACUGGCCAAGUUGGAGCUUCCGUCAAUGCAGGUCGUCCUGCGAUUGUUACGACAUGCCAAAACACAUCCGUAUCGAAUCUUCUACGAAUACCCUUUGUUGGAAGCUGAUCGUCUCUCGGAAUUAUGUCAAAGAAUUUAUUUCCCUACCGAUGACUAUACCAUCGCGACCUUCAUUACUGUCCAUGUAUCACUGUACUUCCUCUGCGACCAGAUGCCGGAAGACACCGUGAACGCCCUCAAUCUCUCUACUGAUGAGCUCCAACAGAUGGCGAACACCUGUGCCAACAAUGCUGAGACCGCGAUGCGGAGCAUGAGAUUGUUCAUGGAGGCUUCUUAUGAAACAAUUGAAGCCCUCCUUCUUGCGGCAAUGAUGGCAUUGGGGCAAUCUCGCUUGUCGUUGGCCUGGACAUUAGUCACGACAGCGUCUCGAAUGCUUCAGGAUGCAGGCUAUCAUCGCCUGCCAUCUUAUUCUGUCGCCCCGGAGGCCACCAAAAAACGAAUCUUAUUCUGGCUCAUAUAUUCCUUUGACCGAAGUAUGGCGCUUAAUUUGGGCAGGUCCACCAACAUCCAAGACUGCGAUAUCACUGUCGAACCACCUAGAGUCCCCGAGGAACUCAAUGGACCAUUUGGCCUUUUAUAUGUAGGCUGGAUUCAUUUGGGAGAACUUCAAGGUCAGAUUUAUGAGCAACUGUACUGUGCCCGGGCCCAAAAACAACCGCCUGAAGUCAAGGGUAAUCGCGCACGGGCUUUGGCCAGGCGGCUCUCCGAAAUGGAAGCCCUUUUCAAGAUCGAGUUCCAGGGACAUCCAUUUGCAGAAUCAGGUUCUGAGAAUCUUCAUUCCACCCGAAUAGUCCUAGCCGCGCUCCUCACCCUGAUCUACCGGAUGAUUCCACCUGAUCCACUCCCAUCUGGUCGGCAGCAUCAUCCUCUAAAAUUCCACGAUCUUGCAAUUGAAUCGGCUCGUGAAGCCGUAAUCAUGCACAACGACGCUUGGAACAUGCUAAGACAUCGCCAAAGGCAGGAGUGGCACCUCUUCGUCCUCUGGACCGUACAAUGGAGUCCAUUCGUCCCCUACAUUGUCCUUUUCGGAAAUGCCAUCGCCGACAGGAACGUGGAAGACUUGCAGCUUCUGAAGGAAGUGGUUGACGGGUUAGAAAGUGUCGCGGAUAUGAGCCCUGGGGUGGGAAAGUUGCACCGUGCCUGUCAAACCUUUUAUCAGAUUGCAAGCAUAUAUCUCGCACAGGCUAGGGCAGACAACAAUGGAACCCAAGUAAGGGAUUUCUUUGAUUCGUCAACACCUUCGAGGCAAACCGUCCCUCACCAUGCUCAGGCUCCGGCUCAGACUAGCAUCUCGUCACUGGAUGCGACUCUGUCGGAGCUACCACUUUUCCAGCAAGACUGGGACGACAUUCUUGAAGGAUGGCAUCUGAGAACAGAUGGCGGCGACUCUGGCGAUAUUUCCACCUUCUUCGGUCAGUACCUCGGUAGCGGUGCCGCAACCCUCGGUGGGCCAUCAACAGAUCCCUAUUCUUGA